CCUGUCCUGAAUGAACUGGGUGAUCAUUCACUAGUGGAGGAAAUACAACAGUAUCUGAAAUCUGGAACAAUAAAGGGAGUCAAACUAUCUUCAUCUCAGUGGUCAGCUGUAGUUUUUGUGUUGUUGACAUCAGAGAGACAGGAUGUGUUUAAUAUUAAGGAAUUUGUUGGAGGAAACAAUAAAGCUGAAAAUCUGAAGGUUCUCCAGAAGCUGCUGCCUGUGAUUAAAGAAUCCAGAUCAGUUCAGAUGUGUGGUUGUCCUUUUACAGAUGAAGGUUUUGCUGCUCUGGCUUCAGCUCUGAAAUCAAACGUUUCAUACCUGAGAGAACUGAAUUUGUCUGAGAAUAAACUAGGAAAAUCAGUGGAUCAGCUCUCUGCUGUACUGGAGGAUCUUCACUGUCAGCUAGAAAAAUUGUGGUUUAGGGACAGUGGUCUCACAGAUGAAGAUUGUGCUUCACUGACUUCAGCUCUGAGAUCAAACCCCUCACACUUGAGACAACUGGAUCUGUCUGGGAACAAACUAGGAUAUUCAGUGAAGCUGCUUUCUGCUGUACUGAAGGAUCCUCGCUCUAACCUGGAGAAACUGUGGUAAGAUUAUAUAUGACACAAUGUAUAGUAUAUGUAAAGUGCAAAACAAAUCACAAUUUUGAAAACAAAAAUAACAAAUCCAAAAACAAAACAACAAAUUAUAAGCACAAUGCCAAAUCUAAAAACAAAACAUAACCCACCUGAAAAGCUAGACAUAUUUGACGAAAGGAACACCACUGAUUUUACAAGAAGCCUGUCAAUCAAGAUGUACAGAAAGUAAUAAACUGUGACCAAAUUCAUUUCAUGUACAUGGUGAACUUGUGUGACAUUGAUAAUUAUCAGAAAUGUUUCUUGAGCGGCAAAUCAGCAUAUUAGAAUGAUUUUUGAAGGAUCAUGUGACACUGAAGACUGGAGUAGAGACCUGCACUCCCACGGGAGUACCACGGGACCCAACACAAUAGGGUGCGGCACGGGACAACUCUUGAUGGGCGAGUGCGGGCGGGUAAAGACUCGUGUGUGGGGGAUGCGGGAGAAUAAAAUGAUUCCGGGACUUCCGCAAAAUAGAAAUGAUCUAAACAUAAUUUGUCUAAAACUUAUAAAUGUUAUUUUAUCUGUUGCACAAAAGCAAAAAGAACAACUAAUAUUAACAUUAAAAUAAUUGACAUGUGCAAGCUAGCUAGGCAUAGUUUCUAUUUAUGACAUGUUUUUAGAGUUGCACAAUGUAGCCAAUCACAGACUCAGCUGUUGAUUUCUGGAACGCAAUGGCCAAUCAGAGGUGAUUAAGUCACAGUCUACUCACUGCAGUGCUGAAGUUGCGUGCUCAUGAAUCCUCUCAUUUAAACACACGAAGUGUAGACAUUGUGAAAGAUUCAUUGUGCAUAUAUUUAUUGUUAUAACAGAGCUUUAUGAGAUCACAAUUAACUGAACUUUUACUGAUAAUAAAGUGCUGCU